AUUUUUUUGCAUUCCCCAUUCGUUGUUUGUUUUCCUCGGCAAGAAUUUUGCAGUUGUGAAGUUUUAUUGGAUUAAUAUAAAAAUCAAGAAUCAAGAUGACGCUUUCCAGUGAUCUGGAAGUUGAUUGUUGUGAAGAAGAAUUGAGUGAAACUCAAGUUAGCUUCUUUACAAAUGCUAUGAUGGAAUAUGAAAAAGCCAUGUCAGAAGCCAACCAGAUAAAAAAAGAAGGUUCAUCAGUUACAAAAACUGGAAAUGUUUGGUUGGUAAAGUCUACAUAUCAGGUUAAAGUUCGGAAUCCUGUUGCACCACCACCUCAGUUACCAACACCAGCGGUUCAACAGACCAUGCAUAGUCCUCGAAGUGGACCUACUUCAUUUUUAAUUAGACCCCCGAUAAUUUCUUCUGUUCCUUCUGUUUCCACACUACCAACAAAAAUUUUCAGGCCUCUGAAUCAGUCUAUAGCUUUGUUACCUGCUGCAGAUGAAACUCCGAUUCCAGCUGUUGAUGAAACUCCAUUUCCAGCAUCACAAUUACUUUCACAAUUUACUGCUACUACCACAAAGAAACAGAAAGCUGCACCAUGCAUACAACCUGGCCAAGUUGCUCAAACUGUUCAAGCUAUUCCUCAAACUAUUCAAGUGGCUCAGGCUGCCCAAACUGCAAAAGUAAUCCAGCUUUCUCAUACUGUAAAACUUCCCCAGACUGUUCAAACACCAAAAGUCACACAAGCUGUUCAAGUUGCCCAAGCUACUCAAGUUGCUCAAGUUACUCCAUCAAUCUCAGGUGGAAAUAACAAAAGAGCUAGUAGCAAUCAACCUGUUCCCACACAAAAGCCAAAUAAGCCAUCAGAAACAUCACAAGCUCCUGCAGUUACUAUCCCAACAAGUCAGCUAAUGACGAUCUUGGCGGUUCCUUCAAAUGCCACUCCAGCGAAAAAUACUGCGAGUGUGCCACCACCUGAAGACACAAAAAUGCUGUCUAAAACGAUACCUUCUCUUUGUGUCGUUGUUCGUCCGGCAAAUUCAGUUCCCGACAUCGUAAAUGCCAAGAAGCGAGAGGCACUAGAUUCGUUCGUAAAGAGCCGUUUAGUUCUCGAUCCUCGUCGAUUUGCGGAAUGGUUAAUGCAGGUUGGGCUUUUACGAAGUCAGCAAUUUGGCACUUGUCGAACACAUUUUAACGCGACAUCAACCCCGGUUCCAUUACAACUGCGAAUGUACGCAGAAGAGAAUAAAUUUCCAUUCAGUGGGGGCUAUGUUUGGAUGACAAAAUGUUGCGAUCGCAACUUUGUUUCGAUAUUUCGUGAGUCAUUAUUCGAGGAUUCUACCCAGUCCCCAACAGUUUUGCUAAAGCUCAUUUAUCACUGGGCUUGCCAAACAACCGUUUCGAACGUAGUUCAGUGGGUGAAAAUUGAUCAUGUCUUUCUUCGCUUGUUCUAUGGCAUGUUACGGAGUGUUUGCACGGUAGAAGUGCAUUCUAGCACUCCAUUGUUCGGCUGCAAAAAUGGUCGCGUUGAGGUUGGAGUGAUUUCAUUAGGUACAACAUCGACGGAUGGCAAGCGACGUGACGUUAAGGUGGAAGUCCUCGGCGUCUAUGAUCAAGAAACAAAGAAAUUCCGACUGCGGGCCUGUGAACCAAUCGCUGGGGAUACGCGUAGUCGAGCUCGAUUUACCAAAAUUCUAGAACCCCUUCCAAAGUGGGUGAAUCAGAAAGCCAUUAUCAUGACAGAUUUCACUGUUGAGCGUGCGGCACUCGAAGAACUAGGAUUUCGCCAUGUAGUACAGAAAAAUUUAAAUACGGUUUCUGUUGAUGACCGCCUAAACAAUCGUACCAUUAUGGAGUACCUCCGCAAAACGGUGCCCAAGGUGUUCCAGAAUACCCUAUCACUUCUUUCAACUGCUACGAUCCAGCAGUUCUUGGAUGAACUAGUGUGGCGUGAAAUCAACGGGCAAUCAUCAUCUGAUGCUUUCCAUAAUAUUAUUCGCGAUAUCAGCGCUCAAGCUCGUGCAGAAACCGGAAUGCCAUUAGUCAAGCGUCUACCUAUCGUGUCAGUCGAUCCAUUCAAAGACUGGAGCAUUACCCAAAACAAACCAAAUCAAACCUCUCCAAAUGAAGCCACGAGCACGGUAGCUCUUAAGCGCCCAAUGGUCUCAACUAUUAAAGAGAGUGCCUCAACGAGUGGUGCAAGUAAUGCAAAGGAAAUGCGCACUGUAUCGUACUACGCCACUAUGUUGGAUUUAAGUAAAGGAGUAGCCAUUCCGGAUCCGGAGGAUUCAGAAAUGACAAGACCUCAUCUCCAAUGUCAGCAUUCGGAAUGCAAAACAGUGACGCAUACUAACUUGGAAAUGAUGGCACACUUGAGGCAACAUUUGGUGAAAGACGCAGUGACUGAUGGAGAUGAUUGGACGGAGCAUUGUAGUUAUUGCUUGGAUACUUUAGCUACUGCAAGUCAGAAAAAAGCGCACGAAGAAAAUCAUCACUUGUUUCUUUCGACAUUUAAGUCUCAAAUGUCGAGGGAAGAUACUGCUUCCGUUAAAGAUCUGGUGUGUUUAAUUUGCCACGAAAAGUUCGCACAAUUUCGCCAGUUGGAGCAGCAUUUGGAGAAGACGCAUGUGUACUGUGAGAUGCCCUAUCGCUGCCGUGUCUGUCAUUUCCAGACUUCAGCCCACUCGCAACUGAUCAACCACUUCUAUGAAAAUCACAAGAAUAGUUUACAUUUGUUGUGCCCUUUGUGCCUCGACACGUUCGAUACAAAAGGAGACAAUGAAGCAAAAGCAUUUGAUACAGGGCAUAUGCAGUACUUGCAGCAUCUGAAAAACCAUCUACCGUUGACAAACGGCCAUCCUUGCAAGCGUUGUGUUCUGACUUUCCAAGAGUACGAUCAGUUACUCUAUCACGUUCGUACUGACCACCUCUCGGCCAUAACAAACAUACACGUGCGGCCUUUUAGUUACACGAUCAUCAAACCAGUUGGUACCGUAGGCGGCAAGAAUCAAGUGGUGGUCUAUUCAAACUCAUCAAAUACUGGAUCACCUAACCUUGCCUCAUCAAGUUCUCCUAAUUCGGUUGCUGGUACCGGAAUGAAAGCAAGUCUUAAAACGUACUCUAAAGAAGUUCAGGAGAUACCGAAUACAAGUGUGGCCCGUCGACUUCCGAACGUAACUCUGACAGAGGAGAUGCUUCUUGCUGCCAACCUAUGCAUUGAAUGCAAAGAGCCUUUAAAGAAGAAAAACCAUUUCACCGGGUACAUGUGCUGUACUUUGUGUCGCUUUUCAACUUGCUGUGGCAUCGCUAUGAAACUUCACCAGAAUCACGUCCAUAAAGGCCAAGUUGGUCCAAUCCUUGGUUCUGUUUAUGCUUUAAGUGAGACGGUGAAGUGCAAAUGUGGAUUCUCUAGCAGCAGCGGUCUUGAUUUGGAACGUCAUAUGGUUCAGUGCGGUGAGAAGUCAGUUACUGUUGCGUCGUAAUUCAACCAUUAUUCAUCGGGGAUUAAUUUACAAGGGCUUAUAAUCAAGAUAUUGCAUACGAAAUUUCUGGUAUCUCAACUAGAAUUUGUACUGAAUAUUUCCUUUUGGCCAUGUUCUAUUUGUAUCCCAUUAUCAAGAAAUACAUUUCCUAAUUUGUGUUAUA